AUGCGUGCCUCCUUGCUAGUGAUGGCGGGCACCGCUGUUGCUCUGACAGAUAUCGAGCACAAGCCCUUCAUGCGCAAGAACAUGGAUCCUCUAGUAUCACCAGGAAAAUUCGUUUCUCAUAUGCACUCCUUCUACGGUUCUGAUGCAAUCACCAAAGAUCUUCCAACCACGGAACAGCUUCAGAAGGGAUGCCCAUCUGGGGAGAACCCCAACGACUUGUCCAUUUACUGGGCACCCACACUCUACUACGUCAAUGGCGACAAAUACACUGAAGUCUAUCCCGCAACAUUCAAAACAUACUACGAAAACAUCGACAAAGCCGAGAUCCCCUUUCCCAAAGAUCUUGCGAUGAUCGCUGGAAACGCAUCCGCUAAGUCCCAGGCUGACAUCGACGAGAAGAUCAACAUGAUCACAUGGUGGUGCGACGCCGGGCCUGAGGAUCGUGAUUCGCGACCUCGCGCUGCUAUGCCUCGCGUUACCUGCAGUGCGCACAUGCAGGCGAUCCUGAGGUUCCCCGAUUGUGUGGAUCCGAAUAAUAUCAAGAAGUAUAGCUAUGCUGCUGCAAAUGGCGGGAGAUGCCCCACGGGGAUGAAGAGAAUGCCAUCGCUGAGGUUCUCGAUGGGUGAUGGAUAUUGCUUCCACGGAGAUUUUAUCAAUGGUUGGUAUGAGGAUGCCGCACUAAACAUGUUGAAAGCGAAGGGACAAAGCUUUAUGAGGAUCGACGGAGCACACGGUAUGGGGAAGCAGUGGCCUAAAUGCAAAGCCACAGACGCAGAUCCAUCAAAUGGCACAAAUGACUAUCAUAAGAGUCUUGAGAUGAUGUCAGGCCACAACUAG